CGCCUCCAGCCCCGAGUCCUCGCGCCCUCGCACCGGGGGCGGGCUCGCUGCGCGUGCCGGGCGGGGAAGCGGCGCGAGCCGGGCGCUGAGAACGUUCGCCGCGGGGGCGGCUCCGGGGCCUGGGAGCGCUGGUGCCGUCUCUGCCGCGAACUCCGGGCCGGAGGUGGCGGAGGAGGCUGCGGUCGCGGGAGACCUUCUCGACGCCCCCUGCUCCGGCCGGGAAGAUGAUUGAGGAAAGUGGGAAUAAGCGGAAGACCAUGGCAGAGAAGAGGCAGCUGUUCAUAGAAAUGCGUGCUCAGAAUUUCGAUGUCAUACGACUAUCCACGUACAGAACAGCGUGCAAAUUACGAUUUGUCCAAAAACGAUGCAACCUCCAUCUCGUUGACAUCUGGAACAUGAUCGAAGCCUUCCGAGACAAUGGCCUUAACACGCUGGACCACAGCACGGAGAUCAGCGUGUCCCGCCUCGAAACCGUCAUCUCGUCCAUCUACUACCAGCUGAACAAGCGCCUGCCCUCCACGCACCAGAUCAGUGUGGACCAGUCCAUCAGCCUCCUCCUCAACUUCAUGAUCGCUGCGUAUGACAGCGAGGGCCGAGGCAAGAUGACGGUAUUCUCAGUUAAAGCUAUGUUAGCAACCAUGUGUGGUGGGAAAAUGCUGGACAAAUUGCGAUAUGUUUUCUCCCAGAUGUCAGACUCCAACGGCUUAAUGAUCUUUAGCAAGUUCGACCAGUUUCUGAAGGAAGUGCUGAAGCUCCCCACCGCCGUCUUCGAGGGGCCGUCCUUCGGCUACACGGAGCACUCCGCCCGCGCCUGCUUCCCGCAGCAGAAAAAGAUAAUGCUAAACAUGUUCUUAGACACCAUGAUGGCCGACCCCCCUCCCCAGUGCCUUGUCUGGCUGCCCCUCAUGCACAGGCUCGCCCACGUGGAGAACGUCUUCCAUCCCGUGGAGUGCUCCUACUGCCGGUGCGAGAGCAUGAUGGGCUUCCGGUACCGAUGCCAGCAGUGCCACAACUACCAGCUCUGCCAGAACUGCUUUUGGCGUGGCCACGCCAGUGGUUCUCACAGCAACCAGCACCAGAUGAAGGAGCAUUCCUCCUGGAAAUCCCCUGCAAAGAAGCUGAGCCAUGCAAUUAGUAAAUCUUUGGGGUGCGUACCCACCAGAGAACCCCCGCAUCCUGUUUUUCCUGAGCAACCAGAGAAACCACUUGACCUUGCAAAUAUAGUUCCUCCUCGCCCUCUGGCCAACAUGAAUGACACCAUGGUGAGCCACAUGUCCUCCGGAGCGCCCACGCCCACCAAGAGGUUACAGUGUAGCCAGGACAUACCCGGUCACCUGGCCGAUGAGCAUGCGCUGAUAGCCUCCUAUGUGGCCCGCCUGCAGCACUGUGCACGUGUCCUGGACAGUCCCAGCCGACUGGAUGAGGAGCACCGGCUUAUAGCUCGCUACGCCGCCCGGCUGGCCGCAGAGGCGGGAAACGUGCCCCGCCCUCCCACUGACCUGAGCUUUAACUUCGAUGCCAACAAACAGCAAAGACAGCUCAUUGCAGAACUGGAAAACAAAAACAGGGAGAUCCUGCAGGAGAUCCAGCGUCUCCGCCUGGAGCACGAGCAGGCGUCCCAGCCCACCCCGGAGAAGGCCCAGCAGAACCCCACGCUGCUGGCCGAGCUGCGGCUGCUGAGGCAGAGGAAGGACGAACUGGAGCAGAGAAUGUCGGCUCUGCAGGAGAGCAGGCGGGAGCUGAUGGUUCAGCUGGAAGGGCUCAUGAAGCUGUUGAAGGCUCAGGCCGCAGGAUCGCCGCACACCUCGCCCACGCACGGAGGGGGCGGCCGCCCCAUGCCCAUGCCGGUCCGCUCGGCGUCCACUGGCUCCACGCCCACACACGGCCCCCAGGACCCGCUGGGCGGCGUCGGGGGAGACAUGCAGGAGGCCUUCGCACAAGGUACGAGGAGAAACCUCCGCAAUGACCUGCUGGUGGCCGCCGACUCCAUCACCAACACCAUGUCAUCCCUGGUGAAGGAGCUCCACUCAGGGACACCCUGGAUGUCUUCACCCAGAGAGUCUGUCUCCCUCGAGAUCACACAGAGAUAAUUACACGUUUCAGUUUCUCUUAAGAGCACAGCUUGUGGAGCCAGCGCAACUCAGAGCUUAAAGAAACGUAGGCCUCCACGUACAGUCGGGCCCCUGCCUCCCCGAUGUGCCUUCUGCCCGUGCUCCUUCCGCGGCUGCUCUUUCCUGUCCUAGGCCCCGGCCGCCGCCUCGCUCCGCAGCUCCCCUGCGUGCCUGGGACCACAUCGGCCAUCCACGGACGCCUCCGGACUCUCUCCCAGCUGCCUUUCUGCCCCCUCCUCUCUGAUUUGGUGUUGAAACCCUAUUCUCCCCUUUUGUCCAUGACUAGGCUCUCGUUUCACUUGAAGUUCAUGACCUGAGUCUGUUGCUUCCUUCCCUCCUCGGGUUCCGUUUCAUCUGUGACUUCUUUCUCAGUCUCUCUCGAUCACUUAGCUGUUUCAGCGAUUUUCCAGAGACCCUUACCUCAUGCCCAUUUCCCCCCUUCCGUGAAACCCAGGACAGGAGUAAAAGCCCAUUCCCAUAUCAUCACCCCUCCAGGAAUCCCCAUGACCCCAUCCGUUGUGUAGCUGCCAGAUAUCUGCUGGUUUUCUUACAGUGGCCCGAUUCCCAUGUUAAAUAUUAAGCAGGCGGGUUCCCUUCCCGAGUUCCAUAGGUCACUCAUACAGAUGGCUCUCUUGUGUUUCUUCUGACCUAAGGUAAUGCUUUUAGAUGCCUUGACAAGGUCAUUAAUUACCAAGGUUAUUAAUUAAAAAUAUAAAGCUGUU